AUGAGCUUGCAAAGUGUAUUCAUAUAUUUAUUUGUACCCGUGGGCACAGUUAAAGUUUUUGGUGGAAAUAUUUCUGAUAAAUCUACAAGGGAUGCAGCUAAAUUAUGGGUUCUAACAACAUCGAAUGGUGACAUCAUUGUAUCGAUAUUGAAUAUUAUAGCAUUGUUCAAAUCAUCAGAUUGGUAUUUUCGACAAGCAGUCAUACGUGUUUGUUCAUUUUCGAAUUUUAUUCAUUUUGGUUGUUUUUUAUAUCAUCAUUACUUUGUACAACCACAUCAUAUAGCAUUCGUUAUUCUGUAUUGGGGGGCAAUAUCAAUCACCUUAUUAAGUGGUUUAGGUUGGGGACUGAACUGGGAUAGAAUUCUAAAACGAAAAACUCAGCAAUUUGAUCAAUUACAACUGACAACUGAGCCGAGUGAUCCACUCAAUACAACGUAA